ACAUGUAUCAGGUUGAUCCAGAUGAUAUGGAAGAAAUGGAUCUGAAAUGGCAAAUGGCCAUGAUCACUCUGAGAUUGAAGAAGUUUCAAGACAAGACAGGCAAGCGAUUAGGUCUUGGAAAAGCUGGUUUUGACAAGUCUAAGCUGAGGUGCUACAACUGUAAGAAUCUUGGACACUUCAAGCGUGACUGUCCGAUGUUGAAAGAGGGAAACAGUGAAGCUACUCCUGCUGCUAAACAGAUCACUGCCGAAGAGAACAAAAGCAACGCUUCUCCCAGCACGCCGAAGGCUUUGGUUGUUGAAGACUAUGACUGGAGCGAAGAGAUCACUGAAGCUAAGGAACUAGUCAACAAAGCACUGAUGGCCAAAAUCUCUAGUGAAUCAUCUGCAAAGCACUUUGAGAAGCAGACAACGGGAAUCCCAACUGGAAACAAUGAUGCUGACCAGGGAUUGAAAGGUAUUCUGCCUUCAGUGGAGUCUGGUGAUAAAGCUGAAAAAGAUGCUGAGAAAGGAAAGGAUAAAGUUCAAGCUACAGCCAUGAAAGCAGAUGCAUCAAAAGAGAAGGCUGACAAAGACUUGAUUCCAUUGAGUGUAAAGAAGAUGUGUGCGAUGAUGAUGGAGACUGCGGAGGGUCAAAAAUAGGAAUUGGUUAUUCAGGCGACAGUUAUUCCACCGUUAACUGGUUCGUCUGGAAUUGUUCUAAAAACAAUGUUAAGGAUGAAUGUAAUAGUUUAAGUAGGAUGGAUGACUGUAAUGGCCAAGUGCCUAAAACUAAAUCUGUGGAUGACUGUAAGGGCCAUGUGCCUACAUUUGAGACCCGUGAUCAUGAACCUUAUGUGUCUGAAUGUCAUGGUUUGAAUUAUGCGUGUCGUGAUGAUAAUGUUGCUUGUGAAUCUCCUGUAUU